CGCAUUUCAGUAUGCAAAGUGAAGUCAGUAUGCAAAGUUCAGUAUGCAAAGUGAAGUCAGCCCUGUUGCGUGUGGGAUUCAAUUCAUCCCACGAACAGUUUUCCAAUACUUGUGUCUCGAAGUUUCCACGCAGCACAGGCAGCACAGGCAUGUCACGGAGCAGCGCAUCCGGCACGCAGAAGACGCAAGACGCUGCCAAGGCAAAACAAUGAGCGGAUGGUGACCCCGCCAGACAAUAGGCCCGAUGCCGUGGAAGCUGCAAUUCUCAAACAGGUUGAGUACAUACUUCUGACCCAAGAGCAGAAGUUGAAGCUUAGUCUACGCAUGACCGCUAACCCACUUUCCACAGACGAAAACCUCCCAAAAGACAAAUACCUCAACGAAGUCCUCCGGCUGCACCAAGGCUGGGUGCCCAUUUCCGUCCUGCGGAGUUUCAAAAAAUUGAAAGCGAUUCAGUCCGACAGCGUGCGGAUAGCCAUUGCGUUGAAGAAGAGUGAUGGGAUGCUUGAGGUCGAUGGGACGGGGAAGAAGGUUAGGAGGAGGACGCGGAUAUCUGCGAAUGCAAAGGGGGUUGACAAGGAGGCACAGAGUAAGGAGGGGAAGAGGAAGACAGAGGAUGAGCAAGGAGAACGGAAUAGCGAUGAGACCGCCUCAAAGAAACGUCGCCAAACACAGCCCACCCCAUCCACCACCCACCCAAUCCCACCCGCCACAGCCCUCGACAUCUUCCACACCCGCCACUUCAGCCAAUCCGUCAAACAAACCUUCUUCCAAAACCCCAUAUUCGGGCCUCUCACAUCGUCUACGGCCGCGCCGAUAGCGCAUGAUGCAGACAAUUACUGGUCAAAGUUGUGCACACCGUGCGCAGAGUACUGGUCGAAUUACUAUAGCCAGCAGCAGGACACGUUAGACGUCACGGGUGUCACGGAUGAAAUGGCCCCGACUGAGGAAGAUGAAACAUGGGAAGCGGACGAAGAUGUUACAUAUGAGGAAGAUGUUACAUAUGACAACGAAGUCGCAUACGACGACGACAAAGAUGCCGCAUACGAUGACGAAACCGAACCAUCCUACAUCCUAACCCCCGGCAUGAUCGACAUGUUCCGGCACCCGGCCACCUGGAAGAUCGAGAAGCGCCGGAUAGCGGAGGAGAUGGAGGCGAAGGAGGCUGCAGGUACGUUUUCUCCCGUUUCACGCGCCUACCCCACGUACAUAUUGCCGCCACAAUCUCACAUAUCAGCCCAUUCUCUCAUUCUACCUGCCAGAAACAGCAGCAUCCACAGCCCAAUCCAACCUCAACACAUGCACCCCCGCGACCCGCUUCGCCGCUAAACAACAUCUGGAUGGCGCCGAUGGUGCGUACAAGGUUAUUCUGAUGGAAGACGCUUUGACGGAGUGGGUCAAGACGGGGACGGAGAAGGGGAAGGGGAAGGGGCGGAAGAGGGUUGUGUGGCCUAU